ACCACUGAAUUUGGAGACACUAAAAGAGUCGGGCAGUGUUGUGCAGGCGAACGGGCGGGGUAAGCGGUUGCUCCUCUCGCUGGAGGCGCACUGAAUGUGGAUCGGUUGCAGCUACUGGAGGAAAACCGCUUCCUUAGCAACCAACGGAGUUAAAAGCGAUCUCCGGAAACUCUUGGUGCGGGGGACGAGCUGAAAGACCGGAGCGGCACAGAACAAGCGUCCAGCGGAGAAGUGAGUGGCAGGAAAGCUGAAUGAAUCCGUGCGAGGGCUGCGGGAGGAGUCUCUUGCCCCGGCAUUCAGUGCGCAAGAAAUAGCAUCUAUCGGUGUUCCGUGCACGAUGCUCUUUUGGAAACCCUCUUACAUCUUGGCCGUCCUUUUUCUGAGCGGCUUCACGGCUCUGCUGGUUUUGCGGCAUGGCCAGCCUCGAUCUUCCCGCAAACACCAGCAGCGGCAGCCCCAGCUAAAGAAGUCGUUUGGGGGAAGCGAUUUCCUCCGCGGAGCUUGCGAUGCUUUGGCAAAGGAGAGGAAAGCGUUUGUUUGGGGAAACCAUCUCCAGACGUCUUUUGAGAGAUGCGCUACUUGCCAAGAUUGCCUGAUCGACAAUCACUACCUCACCAGAACCCUUUCCGCAGAAGAAGCCGCUUUCCCUAUCGCCUACGUCGUGACCCUCCACAAAGAUCUGGAUACUUUUGAACGCAUCUUCAGGGCCUUUUAUGCCCCUCACAACGUGUACUGUCUCCACGUGGAUGAGAAGGCGCCUGCAGCCUUCAAGCAGCAAGUGGAGAAACUGGUGAAGUGUUUUCCCAAUGCCUUUCUUGUGUCCAAAGCUGAGCCUGUCAUUUAUGCGGGGAUCUCUAGACUUCAGGCCGAUUUGAACUGCAUGAAGGACCUCCUGCAACCUGGGAUUCGGUGGAAGUAUGUCCUCAACAUGUGUGGGCAGGACUUCCCUCUGAAAACCAACAAGGAAAUUGUCCAGUACCUGAAAGGGUGUAAAGGGAAAAAUAUCACUCCUGGCAUCCUCCCUCCAGCUGCUAUGACUGUAAGAACCAAAUAUGUUUACAAGGAGCAUAUAGCCAAAGAGGCAUCUCACAUGCAAAGAACCAUGUUGGCAAAGUCACCCCCACCUCACAACCUGACCAUCUACUUUGGCACAGCUUAUGUUGCCCUCUCAAGGCCCUUUGUGAAGUUUCUGUUCAGUGACAAGCGGGCCCUUGAUCUGCUGGAGUGGUCCAAAGACACCUACAGUCCAGACGAACAUUUUUGGGUGACACUCAAUAGAAUCCCAGGUGUCCCUGGUUCCAUGCCAAAUGCUUCAUGGGAAGGUAAUCUGAGAGCUAUUAAGUGGAGUGAUAUGAAGAAACUACAUGGAGGCUGUCAUGGUCAUUAUGUCAGAGACAUUUGCAUCUAUGGAACUGGUGACCUGAAGUGGCUGUUAAACUCCCCAAGCCUAUUUGCUAACAAAUUUGAACUCAAAACAUACCCGCCUACUGUGGAAUGCCUAGAGCUAAGACUUCGGGAAAGAGCACUAAACCAGAGUGAGGUACCAGUGCAGCCAAGUUGGUACCUUUAGUUUUAAAAAAAAAGAAAGUGGCUUGCUUUAAGCUGGCAAUUGGGAACAAUAAUGCAGAACCAAUAUUUUGGAAGAACCAUUUCCCCUUGAAGACUUGCAUUUUUAGGAUAUGCAAUACGGGUAAUCUUUACAAGACCUUGAAAACAUUUGCACUGAGGCUGAAACAAGAACUUGGAGCCAUCUGAGCAUUAGUUGCACCUUCUUGGAAUUUUUUAAAUUAUAAAUAUUUUUUUUAGGUUUGCAUCCCAUUUUAGAAAGGUUUUAUCAUAUUUCUUCAAGCAAUCAGGUAUUAUUUGUUAGAUCUGUAUUUGUACUGAAGGUCCUGUGAAGAAAAAAGUAGAAGCCCCCAGAUCCAUUCUUCUUUCAUGUGUUCUGAUGUCCGUAUAAACACAUUUUGGUUUGUUUUUGAGUGAUGGGAUUCGACAGAUCUGAGCUAAUCAUUGCAGAAAGAUAUAAUCAGUUACCAGUUCUGAUUAAUUGUGUGAAAGACAGUGAAUUAAAAUGUCAAGCUGCUUGCAUUAGAUCCUGGACAUUGCUAGUAUCAGACCUCAUCAAGAUUAGUUAAGAUGGAUUAUUUGAAUGUACAGCAUCAUGUUAGAGGAUCCCUUGAUGGGGCCAUCUUGGAACUCAACUGACUAGCUGGACACUUCAUUCAGCUUCUACCUGCAUGCAAACACUGUAUUUGUUACUUUAUCAACCAAUAACAAUAAUGAAUAAUAAUAAUAAACUGUAUUUGUUAGCUGCCUCAUAACAAAUAGAUCUCUGGGUGGCUCACAAUAACACAAUGGUUAAAAAAAUCCAAUAAAAACACAGAAAACAAUAUGAACAAAUUAAAAUACAAAAUGCAGAACAAAACAUUUUAAUUUAAAACAAACAAGGCCUGAAGUUUAACAGUGCAACUCCAUAUGAAUAACCAGGGCUCUUCCAGCAUCAGCAGUGGGAGGAGAGAGGGCCCUGUGUACUAGUGGAGUUCCAUCUCCUUGGCUUAACUAUGGGCAUUGCUAGGCAUGGGUGAUUGUGCUUUGGAUCACAAUAGAAAAGCAAAAAUAGAACAAAAUGGAGACUGGAAGAAGGUUUCUGUUGGACCAUUUGCAUGCUUAUGCUUUGGCCAUAUUUGGCUUGGCUGCUUAAUGGUGCUAAAAUCAUAAGAGGAAACCUCAAUGUGCACAAAAACUAUUGAAGGUAUUUGGACUCAACAUGCUCUUGGAUCAAGAGACUCUUCCAUGGGGCAACGAAAUCAGUGGCUGACAUACCACAAUAGACUAAUUCAGCCCAGUAACACUGCAGGCCUGCAAAUCACACAAAUGGCAUUACACAAGAGCAACCCUAUUGGGAAUAAUGGGCUAGAGUGAUAUUAUUUAUGCAAUUUCCCCAUUUGUACAGUUGCGCAACUUGCAUGUAUGCAACAUGGCAGGCUGACUUACCCUUGUGCAAUCAGCUCUGAUACCUUUGUGUAUCAGCCAGCUUCAUUAGACAAACGUUUUAAUGAUCUUACACAACUUUACUUUAGAGAUUUCUUUCUACUGCUCUUCAGAAAUCAUUUCUGCACAUCAUCUACAUUUCCACCCCAUAUAAAAUCUGAAAAGGUGAUAGCAAUGUGUACUGAAGGUCCUGUGAAGAAAAAAGUAGAAGCCCCCAGAUCCAUUCUUCUUUCAUGUGUUCUGAUGUCCGUAUAAACACAUUUUGGUUUGCUUUUGAGUGAUGGGAUUCGACAGAUCUGAGCUAAUCAUUGCAGAAAGAUAAAUCAGUGCAUAAUGCCCACCAGCUGUUCCUUGGUAUCCACUAUAUUCACGCAAAUGAUAUGCAAAAUAUGGGGUUAACUGGUUUGUCAAUAAAAUACCCACAUUCACAGCAGUUCUCCAGCUCAUGAGAUUUUCCCAUUUGGGCCCCUGGGGUUCAAGACAUUGCAUAUGCCUCAGUUAUGGUCUGUCUACUGUUGUACACUGAUUGAAUUGAAAAUGUACUUUUUCCUUCCAAGCAAAAACAUUUGCAGCUAUCCAUUGAGGGUAGAAGGCUACUAGCUGUAUUUUUUACAGUGAAGUGCAAUCAUUUCUCAUUAAACGAAUGAAAAAGAACACUAAAUCAACAGACUACAAGGAAUGUCCUUUGCUACAAAUUGCACUAAGGUUGUCAGCUUUACAGCUGGCCUUCUGGCUGUGCUUUUAACAACAAAAUUUUGCAGAUUUUAGUGGGUGAUGAUGUGUUUACCUGCAUGCUGUGAGAAGCUUCACGACACGUGGUUAUUUCUGCUUAUCAAGCUGCUGUUAAAGGCACAAAAACAGACCACUAGCCUUCCUCGCCCCCACCCCCCAGUUAGUUGGCAAACCUAGAUUGCUGCAUGAAUAAAAUAUGGAAGACGGGUUCCACUCUCUUAAUAAUGUGCCAAAGAACAAGGAGAUUUGCUCUAUGUAUAGCAGCAACUAUCCCACUUGUGGGAUAUGGACUCUAACAUGAAAGUGUGUAGCUGCCAGAAAAUCAUGAGACUCCAACUUUCUCUCUCUUUCUUUUAUAUGUUUGAAAAAACACCAUUUAUGAGCUAGAACAUACAACCAAAGAUCAGUUACACAACCUGGAUAUAUGUUGGUUAAAUUAAAUAAAAUUUAUCUAUAUCUCUGUAUAUCGCUUGUCAAAACAAUUGCACAAACAUAGGAGCAACAUAAAAGUAUAAGAUCAGCCCUCCUGGAUCAGGCCCAAGGCCUAUCUAGUCCAGCAUCCUAUUUCCCAUGUGGCCCACCAGAUGCCACUGGGAAGCCCACCAGCAAGAGAUGAAGGAACACCCCUCCCCUACUGUUGCUCCCAUAUAGCCACCAAGAUUAGUAACCAUUGAUAGACUUGUCUACCAUGAAUUUGUCUGCUUCUUGUAAAGCCAUCUAAGCUGGUGGCCAUAAUAAAUAAUAAAUACUGAACUGAAAACACAAUGUUCAAGAUAGUGCACAGAUCAAGCAGCCAAACUUUUCAAUCCCUCCUUACUGCGGAGAAAAUUCAGAAAAUACAGAAAUCAGGUGAAACAGUGAACAGGAUUUUUGUACCUUAACAGUUAGGUAGCAAGUAUGAAUUUCAGCAGGAGCAGUUUGUCAUGAAAGAGAGAGAAAGGUUGUACCUGCAAAAUCCUCUGAGUUAACAACAUUUUAUAUACCACUUUUCAUCAAAAGUUUCCAAAGAGGUUUAUACAGAGAUUUUUUUAUCUGGAACAAUUAGUGGGUGUAGAACUUUGUCUUACAAGCUGCUGUUAGAUGAUAGGAGCAAGCCAGGUUGGGUUCUGUUUUUCCUGGACAAUCGGAAUGUUUGUGGACUAUUUUGGAAUUCUGUUUUGUUUCUCACCAGGAACCCAGAGCUAAGAGGUGAUACCAACAUCGAUCAUCUGGUUGGCAGAUGGGAAGGGUAAAGCAAUGCUUAGGGGUAGACUGGAACUCAUUUCUACCUCUUCCACUAAUAGGAGAUCAAAGCUGACAGUGCUCAUUACUUAACAACUUCACAUGCAUCAUAGAAGCACUCAUGUGCAAUCCAGGUUGCAGACUGCAACCCAGAGAAUACGGAAAGAACACUGGAGACAAUAUGAAGCCUAGUGGAACUCCAAGCAGUAGCUCUCACUUUUGCAGAGCAACAGUCUCCAAGUGACACCAUCUGGGAUCUACCUGAGAGCUUGUUCUUCAUAUAAUCUCUUCCUAAGAAAAACAGAUAUCAAACAGCAGGGAAUGUAAAACAGUAUUGGGCAAAGGCUGUCAGCAAUCUAAGAAGACCGAGUCGAGUCUGGGACAAUAGCACCGCAUCAUCCGCGUACAGCAACACUGGCACACGAAUGUCAGCCAAUUUUGGGGUGUGUGAAUCUAUCUUUUCUAGGCACUGCGCUAAAUCAUUGAUAAAAAAAUUAAAGAAGGUAGGGGCCAGAACACAACCCUGCCUGACCCCACGAAUGACGGAAAUUGGAUCAGUUAAUGCCCCAUUAGGAGCAUAUCUGACUCGGAUAGAGGAAUCGACAUGGAGCUGCAUAAUCAAAAACAACAGUCUUUUGUCCAUCGAGGACUUCCCAAGCUUAGACCAUAAUAAUUCCCUAGAAAUAAGGUCAAAAGCAGCUUUUUAAUCCAUGAAAGCUGCAAAAAGUCUACCCUUGGGAGCACUAGAAUAUUUACAUGCAAGAUGGUUCAAAAUCAUGCAGUGGUCAAAUGUGGAACGACCAGCUCUGAAGCCUGCCUGUUCGAUCCCUAGGAUCUGCUGGUCAGAAAUCCAUGUUUCAAGUUUGGAUAACAGGUAGAGGGCAUAGACUUUGCCCACUACCGAAAGCAGGCUAAUGGGUCUGUAGUUAAACAGGUCAAAAUGAGAACCCCGUUUAAAAAUCGGAACCACUAUUGUUAUUCUCCACUUAGCAGGGAAGAUACCGGUACUGUUUAUUGAAGUAAACAGAUUAGCUAAGAUGGGGGCCCACCAUUCCACAUUGGCUAGCAAAACCUCAGGAAGAAUAGCAUCAGGACCUGGGGCUUUACCAGUUUUGAGACGGCUAAGCAAAUCUACUAUUUCAUCUGACCCAACCGGGGGCCAUAAGGGUAACACCUCAAAUGGAGGUGACGCAGAAAGCUGCGUGGGUUGAGCAUCAUUAUAAAGAGCAUAAAAGUGGGAUUCCCAUGUUUUAGCUGGAAUCCUACACAACAUAUUAGAAUGGUUUGUCACCGAAACAAUUUUCCAAAAAGCACAACUGUCUUUUUGGUUUGUAGCCAACAUUAACUUACCCCAGGUAUUUUUUAAUGCCUGAGUCUUGGCAGAUCUAAGGCUCCUUUUGUAGGCCUUCUUUAUCAAAAAAUAUGUUGGUGGAAGAUUGUGAUCUGAACUCGAUCUAUAAUCUCUAUAUAUGCCUUUCAACUGAUCACACAGCCUCCUGCAAUGCGGGUCAUACCAGUUAUUAGGUCGUUUCCCAUUAUGCACACAAGAAGGGUGUGGGUAGCUAAGGGUGAAAUCUUUUGAAUCAACAUACCUUCUAGGUCCUCAUAUGCAAUAAUUGCUUGUGGACCCGGUUGAUCUAGUACAAUUAAGUUAUACAAAUUACUUCCCUCAGGGGAAUCAUAUAAGGUAUUCAACUCAUUUUCAACUUUCUUUGACCACUUGAUUUUACAGCCCAGCUUAGCUGAUCUUUGCUCAUACAGACAAGGGAAAGGGGUAUCCCCCCUCACCCAAGGUAAUUCAAGACAAGUGAGCAUCGGGAGAUGGUCACUAAAGAUUUGCUCGCCCUCCUCAAAAGAUGUAACCUGGGGGAGCAGGGAGCGAGAAACCAAAGCGUAGUCGACUACACUACUCCCCCGCAAAGAAAUGAAUGUAUAUUCGCCUGGAAUAUCCGGCGAAAUAGUACCAUUUAAUAAUACCAGCUCAAACAUUCUAGCCAAGUGGAUCAGUUGAACUCCAGACCUAUUGAUAACUUGAUCUUUUGAUUGCCGGAUUGGUGCAGAAAAUCCCUCAAUGCAAUCCCCCCAGUUCCAUAAAUGAGAAGCCAUUAGAGCACUGUCAUCUGUACCGCAUCUAGAAUUGAAAUCACCCAUAAGGACGACCGCAGCAUGCGGGUACUUUAGUGUUGCUUCUAAUAUAUAUAGAUCUAAUUGUUGCCAAAUAUUAUUGGACAAACUGGAGGUUAGACCAGGAGGGAUAUAUACAUUAAACAGCAAAAUAUCCCUGCUUAGAUAUUUAAGGAGAAUAGUCAUAGCAUACGGAGGAAGAUCAGGCAAACGAAUAGAUUCGACAUUGAGGGCUAAUGAAACACAACAUGCCAGACCCGCCUUGGACCUUCCCUUAUUAUUAUCUGAAUGGGCUUUUAAUGCAUGAACAGUAUAGCCACUAAUAACCAAGUCUUCUUUGGACCAAGUCUCUUGAAACAUUAAAAUGUCCCAUUGUUGCAAGAAGGUGAUAAACUCCACAUCAGACCUUUUCCCAAGCCAUCCAGCUAUAUUCCAGCUAAGAAUUUUCCAAUCAGAUUGCCUACAGUUUGCAUUUGUUCCUCCAGUUCAGCACGGGGAUGUAAGUCAGAUGGAGUCUCUAUGGGUGGAGAUCUAGAGCCGCUUCCUGGCCUAGGUGUAGCCAACGGGGGAUACAUUGGUGUAAGAUUGAACUCUCCACCAGCAAAUAAGGCAGAAUCACCGAUCGACUUAUAAAAUCCCCGCCUAGGAGAACCUAGCAGACGAUGUCACUUCUGCACAGGAGGUUCUGCCAACUUUUCUAGGGCUCCACUUAUAUUUGUGGAGGGGAAAAAGAAAUUGGAGAUUUUAGUCUGCCUAAGAGUCUGCCUAAGAGAUCUAAAGUAGAGAUUUUAGGCAGAUUUUGGGCAGAUUUUAGUCUGCCUAAGAGAUCUAAAGUAGGUGGAGAUCUAAAGUAGGCAAGUUAUUCAAUUGAUUAGAGGGAGCAGCAGAGGUCUUCUCCAACAAUACAGGUCUCCCAUUAGCCUCCUCAGGCACCUUCUUUCUGUGCUUGCGAUUUUCUGCUAAAAUAUUCUCAAGAGAGAUUAGCUUCCUGAUAUUAGCCCAAAGUCCAUCCUUAAGAAGGGAUGGAUUAUUUAUUUCAAAAAUGCUAUCCUCAGCCCGGGAUCCCAAUGAGCUGGAAUUAGAAGGAAUAGAAGGGGAACAAAGGUUCUGGGACCCCAGAGUCAUCAAAGGAUCCUUCGAGUAUGGACCGCUCAGAUCCACUGGUUCGGGAGACUCCUCAUCCACCAAAAUCUGCAAGAAAUUAAAAUCUUCUGACAGUGUUCCAACUUCCAAAAUUGUCGUAAAAAAUAGAUCUUUGUAUUCAUCAGAAGGCGGGGGAAUCGGGCUAGGUGAAACAUGGCCAUCCAAAAUGGGGUCUCCGGACCAAAGGUCCUGAGGAGGAUUCUGCACCACAGAAGAGGAGUGUCUCCCUUGAAUUCCCUUCUGGGGAUUCUCUUUCCACGUAUGAAUCCACUCUGGCAAACUAGGGUUCACAGCCUUGUUAGGAGAAUUCAUCCAGUUCACAUCCAUGUCCACAACCUCCUCAAAGACCCUCGUUGGAGAAAUUUCCCACACAGCCAAAUGAUUCCUCAUUCUUAUCAGAGAUUGCGGGAUCAAGGCAUGAUCAAAUGUAAGCAGACAUUUAAGCGUAUGCACUUUAGAAGGGCUGAGUUCUGAAAACGACGUCAAAUCAAUGGCUUGUACAGGGAAGGCCAAAAUUUGAGCAAGAGACCUACAAAUCAGGGUUUUUGAAUACCACCUCUGGUGACUGGUUGAAUUCAAACAAAUAUCCAGAAUGAGUUGUUUGGGUUGGUAUAUUAACCGAGAUGUUCUCCCAUUCCCUCCAUAAUUAUGAUAUCCAGAAUGAACCGAAGAGGAGACCCCUCCACGAAUACUGAAGCCAGCAUAUGGUGGUAUUUGGUUUGUGUGUGGAGGCUGAAAUUCUGUCUGCACACUAGCAUCAACAGGCUGGUGGUUCUCCUUCAAACUUGUUGCUAUAGGGGCCCUGCAUUUAUCAUUUAAAACAGACUUAGAUAGUUUCUUCAAUUCCAAAGCCAGCUGGUCCAUUUGUUCUGAAACUCUAGAAAGGCGUUGGAAAAGAUAUUUCAAAGUUUCCAGCACUAAUAAAGCCAAAUUAGAGGAAAAAUCCUCACUGGGAUCGGGUAAGGACGCUUUCCUGGGAGUAGAGGGAGAUAAAUCAGCUGAGUCAUUCAAGAGUAUCAAAGAAGGCUCAUCCACUUCACUUAAAUUACUAACUGGAAUGGAAGAUUUGUAGCCUUCACACUUUGAUUCUGGACAACUCCCCACCGUGCUGCUUCUCAUUCCAGCACCUAAUUUAUCAAAAGCGUGAGUAUCCUCGAAAAUAGCUUCAGUACCUCUGCAAUUCAGCUUAAUUUCAUUCUGGGGUUGCUGCAGGUGUCCUGGUUGCUCACAGAGUAUAUCCUUCUCCACUUGGAAUGUUUGGUUUGCUUGAGAUGUAAAAACCUCUUCUCCCAGGGAGUCCCGAACUGAAGGUCUCUCUUCUAAUUGCUUAUUCAACUUUGUAGUUCGUUUGUUUUGCUUUCUUCUCAUGUUUCAAUUAAGGUUUCAAUCAUCUUAUCAGCUACAACGCUGACAAUAAAAUAAAAACAAACUAAAACAAAUAGUGAUUAAGAUAAGAAGUGGAGCAGAGAGAAUCAGUGUCCUGUCGGCCUCUAAGAGAGCCCUAAAAACUUACUUGUUUGACAUGGCCUUCCAAGAUUUUUAAAUUGUUUUUUAAGUGUUUUAAUUGGUUUUUAAUUGUUUGUAUAUUGUUUUGAACACUGUGUUUUAAAUGGUGUGUGUUUUUGUGUCCUUUUAAACUUGUUGUACACCACCCAGAGCCUUUGGAUGGGGCGAUUUAUAAAUGUAAUAAACAAAUAAUAAAACAAAUAAAUAAGAAUUUGAUAGACACAGAUGCCAUGGAUAUAUGAAAUUCUACUGAACAAAAUGAAAUUCUACAGAAUCAGAUGUCAAGUCCUGCAUCUGGGCAAUAAAAACCAAAUGUACAAGUACAGGAGGCCUGGUUUGGCAGCAGUCCAUGUGAAAGGGACGUAGGUGUCUUCAUGGACAACAAGUUGAAUAUUAGCUAACCGUGUGAUAUAGCUGCUAAAAAUGCAAAUGCAGUCUUAGGUUGCCUCAACACAAGUGCCCAAAUCAUGAAAAAUGAUCAUUCUGUUCUAUUCUGCGCUGGUCGGAUCUCACGUGGAACAUUGUGUCCAGUUCUGGACCCCAUAUUUCAAGAAGGAUGUUGAUAUACAUCAAUGGGUUCAGAGAAGAGCAACCAAGAUGGUGAAGGAUUUGGAAACCAAGUCCUAUGAGGAACAGUUGAACAGAUUGGAUAUGUUUAGCCUGGAGAAGAGCCUCUUCAAAUAUCUGAAGGACUGUCACAUAGAAAAAGAAACAGACGUGUUCUCUAUUGCUCCCAAGAGCAGGUAGAGUUGUUCCAUAAAAUCCAUUUUUGUCCAUGUUUCUCUUCUAUGUUACUUGUCAAGGAAUAAAAAGAAGCCCAUUUACUCUUCCCUUCUUCUCUGUUGGGAUUGAUGUGUACGUAUAUACAUUGUCUUGGUUCUCGCCACUGAUUUAUUGUAUGUAUCUCUGUAUAUAGAUUUGUGGUAGAGUUUAGAAUGUUCUCAUUCAUCCGUUCUGUAGAUUGAUGGGUCUGUUUGUAUUUCUUUCUAGGCGCUUGAGUGGUUUUUUUUUUGUUAGGAUGACCUUUCACUCCAAGUAGGACUGUUGUUUAUAAUGUGAUAAUAAUCAAGUAAUAAACCUUAGUGACUUUAUUCAAUAAACUUAACACGCCUCA